CCCUGAUGCCGUUGAUGGAGAUCACUGAGGAGCAGCGCCGGCGAGCGGAGGCGAACCGGAUGGCGGCGAUCGAGAGGCGGCGGCGAGCUGAGGAGGCGGGCUUGGUCAACCACGACGCCUGGAGGCUCUUCAAGUGUCGCAAGAUCCCCAGUCCCACCCACUCGUCGGCGGUACCCUCUGCCGCAUUCCGAGUAGUCCUUGAGAUCUGCUCACCAGAUGAGUUCUCCGCGACACCCGAGCCCCUCCAGGGUUUGCCCUUCCCCGGUGAUGCCUGGUGUUUCGGAAUUAUUGAGGAGUCGCUCUAUAAGGUUGUACCAUUCAGGUGCAUCGAGAGCCAGGGUCGUCAAAGAGGUGUUUAUAUGCUUAAGGACUAUGAAUUAGUUGCAGGUUGCCUUAAGAAAAUUCCAGGAGUUCAGUUGCAGGGUGUUCCUUUUCGUACGCGGAGUGUUGUUGAGAAAUUUUCAUGUUGUAUUCGUGAUCAUUGGGAACCUUGUGUGGAUGGCCAUUACUCUGAUGAUAAAGUUGAUGAAUUGUUGAAAGCACUACCAAAUUCCUUAAGGGAUGCACUCUUGCCAUAUCAGUUAGAUGGUGUAAAGUUUGGUCUUCAAAGAGGUGGGCGUUGCCUCAUUGCAGAUGAAAUGGGCCUGGGAAAGACUAUUCAGGCAAUCGCAAUUGCAUGCUGCUUUAUGGAGGCUGGUCCUUUGCUUGUUGUCUGUCCAGCAGUUCUGCGGUAUUCAUGGGCUGAGGAAUUAGAGCACUGGCUUCCCUUUCUUCUACCUAAGGAUAUCCAUCUUGUAUUUGGCCAUCAAAAUAAUCUUGAUCGGUUGGAGAGAGAUCCAAAAGUGGUAGUUAUUUCAUACAAUAUGUUAAACCGUCUCCAGCAAAGUAUGCUAGAAAAAAGAUGGGAAGUUAUGAUCAUUGAUGAAUCACACAACAUACGAUGUACAAAGAAAACAUCAGAAUCAGGAGAGACGAAAGCGAUACUUGAUUUGGCACCAAAGGUCAACCACAUCAUUCUCCUAUCAGGGACACCAUCUUUGACAAGGCCUUACGACAUAUAUCAUCAAGUAAAUAUUUUAUGGCCGCGUUUAUUGGGGGAUGACAAAUAUGAAUAUGCUAAAAAUUAUUGUUCCAUGAAACUUGUUCAUGGUUGCCAGGGGAAAAUUUUCAAGGAUUUCUCAAAGGGCAUUCGCUUUGAGGAGUUAAAUGUAUUACUUCGGCAAACCCUGAUGAUAAGGCGGCUUAAAGAACAUGUAUUGGCCCAGUUGCCUCCCAAGCGCCGUCAAAUUAUUAGAUUGAUGCUGAAGGCAGCAGAUAUUCUUUUUGCAACAAAAACAAGCAAGGUGCAAGAAGCUAUUGUGGGCAGAGAAAAUCAGAAUGAAUCAAUCACAGAUCAAUGCUGUCACAAAAGUGAUGAUGGUGGAGAUGCAAAAGUGGUCAAUUUAAACACAUGCCAUGGUAACAGAACUUUAAAAAGUCUAUCUGAUAAGGAGAUUGGCUUGGCAAAGCUAUCAGGAUUCCGAGAGUGGUUUUCUAACCAUUUUAUACUAAGAGAACCAGAGGAUGCAAGCACUUUAGAAGUUGGACUCAAUUCCCAGAAAAUGAUCAUUUUUGGUCAUCAUUUAAAGGUCCUUGAUGAAGUACAGGAAUUUAUAUGUGAGAAGGAGAUCAAAUUUGUUCGAAUUGAUGGGAGCACAGUUGCUAGAGAUAGGCAAAUGGCAGUUGAAGCUUUUCGUUCAUCAUCAGAGGUCAAAAUUGCAAUUAUUGGAAUAACUGCUGGGGGUGUUGGGUUGGAUUUCUCUUCUGCCCAAAAUGUUGUUUUCUUGGAGCUGCCUAAAUCUGCAUCAGAAAUGCUUCAGGCAGAGGAUCGGGCCCACAGACGAGGACAAAAUAAUGCCGUGAAUAUAUAUAUCUUUUGCGCGAAGGAUUCAUUAGAUGAGUCACGUUGGUUGCAGCUAAAUAAGAGCCUUUUCCGGGUUUCAUCUGUGAUCAAUGGAAAAGUUGAUGCCGUAAAAGAGAUACAGGUUGAUGGAAUUUGCCAGCUUGAUUACUCCAUCAAUGCCUCUGAUGAUGCGAGAAUGGGCAUUUCAUCUAUUAACAUGGAUGUUGAAAAUGCAGAUAUCGCAGAUGAAAGUAAGGUGCAGAGCAUAGUGUUGUCUAAUGAGACAUCUAAAAGAUCUGAAGGUAGUAUGGCUGCUUUUGUUGGUGUUGAUGAGGAUGGCUUGGUUCAGGAUAACAUCUCUCAUUCAGAUACACAAGAUUAUUCUUCCCUGGGUUCAAAUUUAGAAGGCAAUCAAACAUUAACUGCAAAAGAUAGACAGUCAAGUGAUAUUUGUGGUUACAGUCUAGAUGAGGGUUGUGAAAAAAUCAAAUGGUUGGAGAAUAUGACACAUGAGACUGAUGAAAUGCAGUCAACUACCCCAAAGAAUUUUGAUGGUAAAAUUUGUGAACUGGCAGAAACUGAUACGCGGAGUCCUAUCCAAGCAGAGUCACUUCGGUUUGAGGUAAGCCGAUAUACGCGGCGGAUUCACUUGUAUGUCUGCAUCUUGGGAGAAGAUUCAAGACCAAGACCAGUUUUUCAAAACUUCAGGCAAGAGGAACUAGAGUCUAUGCUAUCUUCUAAUGGUGAUAUAAAUAAGGAAACAGCUCCGCAGCUCCUGCUGGAUAAUUCUGCAUUUUAUGAAGUCUUCCAGGCUUUUGUGAAAGAGUGGAAUGAAUUAAGACCUAUUGAACAAAAUAAGCUCCAUGGCAAGCCUCUGCAACUUCCGUUAAGCCUUGAGUUGUGUUAUCUGAAGGACACUAUAAAUCAUGGAUGUGGAGGGUUGUUGAAAGGUGGGAGUAAGAGACGAGUUACACCUCUAAGUGAUAUAAGCCGUCCUCUACCAGAAGGUGCUCUCUGGAAGAAGGUAGUUUUAAGUGGUGGCCAUGCAAAGGAGAAAGAAUAUUCACAGGCUUGGACUAUCACUGGUGAACCUCUUUGCAAACUUUGCCAAGCUCCAUGCAGGGGAAAACUUGCAAAGAUACCUGAAUAUUUUGAGGAUCUUUUCUGCAAUUUGGGCUGCUUUCAAGAAUAUAGGAUUAGAACAAGUCAAAAAGCUCUUCGUGAGGCACUUUUCCAAAUUGAGCAUGGUGUUUGUGUUAAUUGCAAACUGGACUGUCACACACUAGUAGAAUGUAUAAGGCCUCUAUCUGUUGCCAGGAGGAAGGAGUAUAUCCGCACAACAGCUCCAACAUUGGCAAAGAAACGAAAGUUGUUUGAGAAACUCGUAUAUGAGCCUGUUGAAGGAAAUGCUUGGCAUGCAGAUCAUAUAAUACCCGUCUAUAAAGGAGGAGGUGAAUGCAGACUCGAGAACAUGAGGACUCUUUGUGUCGUAUGCCAUUCUGAGGUGACCAAAGCUCAACAAGGUGAAAGAAAGUUAAUGAGGAAGAGGGCAAAAGAGCAACUUAAACUUGUCAUGAUGCAAGUGAAAGGCAAUGGCAGCACUGAAUUAACCGAUCCGCAAAGUGAUGUAUGUGUAUUGAAGGCGGGACAUGAUGCCAUUCAAGACGACGACUCACUGUUUGUAGAAGUCCCUGGUAGCUCAUACUCCGCAAAAUUAAGCCAGGAUUUGUGCAAUCAAUAAUCAAAGCGAGAGAAAAAAAAAAAAAAA